UAGGCAGAGAUUGCAUCUGCCUCCACUGCAUUCAUCAGAGAGGGAGAAUUAAACCCCAUGGGGAAAAAUAUAUGCAUAUAAUGGAAAACAGCCCCCGGUGCAAAUACAUACUGUGGGCCCAGGAUAGAGCAUUGCAGUAUGGGUAGUCAUUUAUUUCUGAAGCGACAACGGGGCCGAAACGAGGAUGUCUCAUAGAAGUCAACGAGGAUCAGCGUCAUAAAACACCGGAAUUAUGAGAUGAGCUCACGAGAAUGGACCGGGAGGAAGAGAGUGGAAUUUGCGUCUCCAUUCUGGAUGAGACUGUUUAGUUCAAAUUUCACGUUUUUAAUAGCCUGUUAUUUCGGCUCAGUCCCUUCCAUCAAUACCAUUUAGUCAGCUCCUGAGUUAGUCACUGGAAACUGGCAGAUUUCUACAGUUGUAGCCUGCAUGGUUUACUCUGAACUCGCCCGUUUUGCAGCUCUGGCACCGACGGUAAUUCGAUACAUUGUUAAAUGUUACUGCACGCAUUUGUAGGCAAAGCUUUACCACAUUGUAGUUCGCUACACAUUUUAAUGAGCAAGGCUGUAUUGGCAUGAACAAAAUCUGUGUCAUUAUCAAUAUUGGCGCGGCUCGUCUGAUAGUUAGAGGCUACCCGUCCCUAUUGUAGAGACUUGAGCUUUUUUAUGUCGAUAAUAAGGGAGAUUGAAAUAAUAUAAGUGAAGUAAUAAUUUCGCGUGUUGUUGUCUUCUUUGGAAUAAAACAUGCAUGUGUAUAUAAUUAGACUUCACGCCUCCGUUGGACUCCUCACCCGGAAUGCACCAUCGUAGUUCCCCCUGGCAUACCGACUCGCUAUGACAGGUUGGCACACGUACAGCCUACUGUACCCACAGAUGAACCACCAGACCGGCCGUAUCAUCAACGGGAUCAUCAGACUGAAGUGAAGCUCCGAAUAGGCUACCCGACAUCUCCCGUGUUGUAACAGGGCCGCACCGGCAAAGGACUGCAUACCAUUAGGGGACAGUCUGCUAAAAAGGUUGCACUUGUCGAAUAUGUGUUAGAACUUCUCUGUCCGUUGGGAUUGGGAGCAGUAGCCUAUUCCAAUUUCCAUUGUGGCCCGUUCGUGUUCUACACUGCGCUCUAUGCGCACACACGUUGUCUUUGGGUUGUGUUCGAUUUCAAAGUUCAUGUUUGUUUUAAUGUUCAAGUAGCUUGCUAUUCGGGACAUUGCCUCAAUCAGAGUUGUCAGUUGUGAAUAGUGCGACUUGUCAGCCACAAAGAAAUGGUGGUUCGAGUGUUCUGCUGUAGCAGCUAAAGGCAAGUGUCAACAUUUGAAGGAUGAACCUUGGAUAUUCAUUCAGAGCUUCAGUCAGUGUGGCAGCAGUGCCUGCACACAGAAUCACUCACAUUCUGAGACUGCUUCUCAGAUAAACAUUACAGUAAAAAACUAAAUUCGUUUUUUACUUUAGUGUAUUCAGAUAUGUGUUGAGUUAAAAGCUUAUUUAAAGCCAUAUUAAAAGUAGGAAAGUAUUUGAAAAUAGCAAAAAAAAUGUAGGUUGUUACCCAUGUCAUGGUUUGGUUUGAAUUUGACAAACUCAUUCUGGCUCAAGUGCUAAAAAAGAAACGCCCCAGACAUCUGCCAGUCAUUUUUCAGUUCCCAUUCGGUUAUGUUUUUUUAUUCCUGUUUUGUCAACCACAACAAAAACAGUCGAGUGCCUGAACUGUGCCAUAUUAUCUCAGAGAUGUUGAUUGACGGAGGACUACGUCAUCUCUGUGUGUGCCUCUUCCACUGCCUGUGUCCAUGCGUGACACAGGAUUCAAGCAUGCUGGACCAGGUAUGAGACUGCACAUGCCACGAAGGAACACUGCAGGCAACAAGGCCCACAUAGUUAGUUAAGAAGGCUAUGACAGAGAGAAUUAGUACCCACUUCAGAGAAGAGAGGAGUAUGUGAGUUAUUUUCCCGCAGACUCAGUGCCACAUUGGAAUCAGUGCUCGGGGCAACCAAUUACAGUUUUGAUUGAACACGACUUCCUGCUCGCUGUGGGAAAUCCACCUCGAUCUGGACUUUGAGACUUUGUCGUAUUCCACUUGUUUUUUUGAUUACUCCUGAUAUCCUCGUUAUUGCCUUUUCCAUUCGAUAUUUUUGGAUAUAGCCAUCUUCAAGCACAUUUGGAGUCACUUAACAGGAUGAAAUCUGUCCCUUUUUUAAAAAUAGGGGUUGUUUCGAAUCGUGCCAGUUGGAAGUUUGGCAGGACUAAGAACACAUGAGCAGGGUUUUCAUCGGGCCUAGACUACCUUUAUCCCCACCCUUAAACUGUAAUCCUGAGACUGAGACAUAAGGCACUGUCACUCCUCUACUCCCUGUCCCACACACUUUGCGGGUUCAAAGGGCGAGAACCCCAGUAGACUGAAAAAGUUGUGUCGCUGUGGUGAUGGGGAGUUCUGCCUCCUCUCUCACCGCAGAGACCGAGUCGGACCACGGGUUCCGGAGCACCCCGUACCCGUCGUCGCCUCCUAUGGGCUGGCUUAGGAACAGCCACAGUAGCCCGGUGUGGGGCACCACCUUCAUUACGCGCCAGCAGCAGCAGCCACCACAUCCAUACAGAGAGCGCAGCCACUCUCACUCCCCGGGCUCCAUGGCGGCGGCGGUGCAAGGCAGCGAAUGGUCUUGCGGCCGAUGCACCUUCCUAAACGCAGGGGCGGCGCCGCGAUGCUCCAUCUGUGAGGCACCUCGCCAGAAGCCUGACCUAAACCAGAUCCUGAGGCUGAGCAGCACCGAAGAGCAGCAACGCUGGGCUUGCCCCCGCUGCACCCUCAACAACCCCCAGGGCUCCGGCGCCUGCACCAUCUGUGGCUUUGGACCCUCGCCAAGCACCCACACACCGACCACAAGCAUGGCGACCAUCGCCAAUGGCCUCGUGCCGCCGGAGACUCCCACGCCUGUCAUGACUCCCAUGGUUCUCCUGGAGCCCCGCGGGCAGCAGCCGUCUGAGGAGGCACUGAGGAGGUCAGAGAGCAACGGGGACGUGGGGGGCCUGAGUGGCCCGGGUGGACCCGAGGGGCAGCAACACCACCACUUGGGCUGGGCGUGCCCGCGAUGCACACUUCAUAAUACUCCUGUUGCACUGUCUUGUUCGGCCUGCGGGGGACCAAGGAAACUGUCGCUGCCCAAGAUCCCCCCUGAGGCGUUGGUGGUGCCCGAAGUGCGCACGCCCGUGCUAGGGUUUCCCGUCCACGUGGCCCCUGCCCCCCUGCUCCUCAUUGACUUGACGGAUGACUCACCCACUGCAGCCGCCCCCUGUGAACCCCAGGAGCCCCCCCACAGCCACUUGCCCCCACCGCCACGCUCCUCCCCUUUCACGCCCUUCUCCUCUCUCCAGAACAACCCGGUGCCUCGCAGCAGGAGAGAGGUGCCCCCACCGGGGCGUCCGCCCAACCCUAACCCCAAUGCCCCAAGCCCAACUUCUCCCUCCACGGCCUGCGUGCUGCCCCAGCACUGCCCUGCCCUCUGCCCUGCCAAGCCCAAGCACGCCCAGCCCCAGGAGCCCUCCUUCCCCAGCAAGCGCCACAGCAUCCUGGAGGAAGGGGACGGCACCCACCCCCUUCCUUAUCACACCUCCAAGACCCCCGUCACAUCACCACCCACCUGGAAGUGCCAUGGAUGCUCCCUGCCCAACCUGAGUGACUCGUCCAAGUGCGAGGCAUGCCACUCGUCGCGGGCCGGCGCCGACCUUAUCGACCUGAUGGGCUGCGAGUCGGUGCGCUUCACGCCAGCAAACCCCUCUAGUCCGGACUCCAGCACCUGGGCCUGCUCCAAGUGUACCCUACGCAACCCCACCGGGAUGACCAAGUGCACUGCCUGCUGCUCCUCCAAGCUACACGGCUUCCAGGAGCCUAGUUCUCACUGCUGCCCGCACUGCAGGCUCCCCGGCCCCUGCUACUGCUCCUCAGCCUCCUCCACAUUGUCUUCUGGACACAAAGCCAGGAAACAGGCCCGGGUCUACCCCUCGCCCUCGGCCACAAACACCUCCUCCUCUUCUUCCUCAUCCUCGUCCUUCUCUUCCUCGUGCACACUGCUGCAGGAGAAGCAGUGGGGCUGUCCGGCGUGUACGCUGCUCAACGACGUCAAGUCCAAGAACUGCGCAGCAUGCCACACACCUCAGCAGUACCUGACACUGCGCAAGGUGGCCAAGCCGCUUAAGAGGAGGGAGAGCAUGCAUGUGGAGGCGAGGCGGCGCAACGACGAGGGCGAAGCCAAGGAACUCUGGGAGAACAUCACUACCUUCUGUCGAGAGAAUGUGGUGAACUUCGUAGACGACAGCUUCCCCCCAGGUCCGUGUUCCGUGGGCUUCCCCGAGGGUGACAGCGUACAGCAGCGAAUCAAAAAGUGGCUCCGCCCCCACGAGAUCAACUGCAACAACUUCAAGGACCGGGGCGUCAAAUGGUCCGUCUUCCGCACUCCGCGGCCUUCGGACAUCCUGCAAGGCCUGCUGGGAAACUGUUGGUUCCUUAGUGCGUUGGCGGUGCUGGCAGAGCGUCCAGAGCUGGUGGAGAGGGUGAUGAUCACCAGGGGCAUCUGCCAGGAGGGGGCUUACCAGGUCAGGCUGUGUAAGGAUGGUACCUGGAUAACCGUCCUAGUGGAUGACAUGCUUCCCUGCGACGAGUAUGGAUACCUGCUCUUCUCCCAGGCCCAGCGUAAGCAACUCUGGGUGGCCCUGAUAGAGAAGGCCCUUGCCAAGCUCCACGGCUCCUACUUUGCCCUGCAGGCAGGGCGCGCCAUAGAGGGCCUGGCCACGCUGACAGGGGCACCGUGCGACUCCCUCAUGCUGCAGGUCAGCUCCACCAACCCCCGCGAGGAGCCCAUCGACACGGACCUCAUCUGGGCCAAGAUGCUCAGUUCCAAGGAGGCCGGGUUUCUGAUGGGGGCAUCAUGCGGAGGAGGGAACAUGAAGGUGGAUGAUGUGGUGUAUGAGUCGUUGGGCCUCCGCCCUCGCCAUGCCUACUCUAUCCUGGACGUACGGGACGUGCAGAGCUACAGACUUCUGCGGUUGAGGAACCCGUGGGGUCGCUUCUCGUGGAACGGCAGCUGGUCAGACGAGUGGCCUGAUUGGCCGCAGCUCCUCCGCCACGAGCUCAUGGCCCACGGCAGCAGCGAGGGCGUCUUCUGGAUGGAGUAUGGAGACUUCAUCAAGUACUUUGACUCAGUUGACAUCUGUAAGAUCCAUUCGGAUUGGCAGGAGGUGCGGUUGCAGGGCUGUUUCCCCAGCAGAGCCUUUGGUCCUGUUACGGUCACUGCCCUGACCGUGCUGGAGAGGACCGCGCUGGAGUUCGCCCUCUUCCAGGAGGGCAGCAGGCGGUCGGACACAGCAGACAGCCACCUGUUGGACCUGUGUAUCAUGGUGUUCAGAGCAUCGUUUGGCAGUGGCAACAAGUUGACCCUGGGCCGGCUGCUGGCCCACAGCAAGCGGGCCGUUAAGAAGUUUGUGGGCUGUGAAGUGAUGCUGGAGCCGGGCGAGUACGCCAUGGUGUGCUGCGCCUUUAACCACUGGCAGAUGCAUAUCAGCGGAGUGGGGCUGCCCACACCAGUGUCGAGCCCCACGAGUGCACGGCGUCCCACCCAAGACUUCCCAGGGUACAUUCUGGCCAUUUACAGCUCCCGUCAGGUGAUGGUGGAGCAGGUGGAGGCUACCGCUACCACGCUGGCCGACGCCAUCAUCCUACUGACCGAGAACAAGGGAGAGAGACACGAGGGUCGCGAGGGCAUGACAUGCUACUACCUGACCCACGGCUGGGCGGGACUGAUCGUGGUGGUGGAGAACCGCCACCCCAAGUACUACCUCCACGUGUCAUGUGACUGUACAGACAGCUUCAAUGUAGUGUCCACCCGCGGCAGCCUCAAGACCAUCGACAGUGUACCGCCUCUACACAGGCAGGUGCUGGUAGUGCUAUCCCAGUUGGAGGGCAACGCAGGCUUCUCCAUCACCCACCGGCUGGCCCACCGCAAGGCCGCUCAGGCCUCCCUAGGGGACUGGACCCCCACCAAGGCCACGCACAGCCCCCAGCUCACCCCCGACAUUGACGGGCUGCACCGGCCACGGCCCCUAUGACCACGGCCCCCCCCCCUCUCACACACACACACACAAGCUAAUGACACACGCGUACGUGAACACAUAUGUGCGGAAAGAGGGGGCUGGAAUACACACAAAACAUUUGGAGAGAGGGGGUAAUUGUGGAGGCAUGCGUGGGGAGGAUGACUGGACAGAGUACAUGUGGUUUUCCUCCUCCACCUUUUCCUCUAAUUCCUCGAUCCCUGAAGGAUGAGGACUCAAUCCUGCCAAACGCACCUGGAUCCAGUUGGGAAUUAGGAGAAGAGGGUGGAUUGAUGUGCCAUUUUGAAUGUGGUGGGGGAUGAGGGACACCUCCCAGGUUAAAUCAGCAUUUCUGGGUGACUAGAGGGGUCCUGAGCCUGAGAUCCUUCAACCUCCAACAAACAAUGAAGAAUUAUAUAUCUAGCCUUGUCAACUACAACGCUGUACUGUAUGUCUGACUAUGGACCAGUUACAACUGAAGUUGGAGGUUAACAUACACCUUAGCCAAAUACAUUUAAACUCAGUUUUUCAGAAUUUCUGACAUUUAAUCCUAGUAAAAAUUCCCUGUCUUAGGUCAGUUAGGAUCACCACUUUAUUUUAAGAAUGUGAAAUG